AUGAUCAGAUCAGGUAAGCGCAAACGGUACACAGACAGUCUGAGCUGUAAGAAUAGGUGAAUGAUUUCUAGGUUCAACGUUAUAGUGCCAAGAGGAUAGCCGUUAUCUCGGUCGCGUGAAAACCGAAUAGUGGAGUCGAUGUUUUGAUGCAAAUAUGUCCGAGCAACUUUAAUGGGACCACGAAUUAAGAACCGGACACACGCGAAUAAAACACGUCGAUACCACGCCAGGAGACGGGAAUUAGCAGCAGGGUGGAACCUAAAGCAGGAGCCAUGUUGUCGGGGGAGGAGAUUGUGUGCAGCACGCGGCAGGUGAUCGCGGGGCUGGAGGCGCUGCGCGAGGAGAACCGUAACCUGCUGCACAGCCUGCAGGGGGCGCUGGAGGGCCGGCCGGCCGCAGAGAGCGGCAGUCUAGAGCAAGAGAAGUCUGGCAUCAUCCUCCAGUCCCUGGAGAGGAUCGAGCUGGGUCUGGGGGAGGCACAGGUGAUGAUGGCUCUCUCGGCCCACCUUGGCUUUCUGGAGGCGGAGAAGCAGAAGCUGCGUGCGCAGGUGAGGCGUCUGUGCCAGGAGAACCAGUGGCUGAGGGACGAGCUGGCUGGGGCUCAGCAGAGGCUGCAGGAGAGGGAACAGGACCUGGUCACCCUGGAGGAGCAGAACAGACACCUGGCCUUCAUGAGCAGCAUGCGGCAGUACGACCAGGAGGACCCCACCGUGGAUGAGAAGGAGUCGGUGAAGGAGACCCUGGAUGAUCUCUUCCCCACCGACGAGGAGGAACAAGCACAGAUGUCCCAGCAGCCCCAUCACUGCAGCGCCGCCGCCGCCGCCCAGCAGGGGGGCUACGAGAUCCCGGCACGCCUCCGGACUCUCCACAACCUGGUGAUCCAGUACGCCUCCCAGGGCCGCUACGAGGUGGCCGUGCCCCUGUGCAAGCAGGCCCUGGAGGACCUGGAGAAGUCCUCCGGUCACAGCCACCCCGACGUGGCCACCAUGCUCAACAUCCUGGCCCUGGUCUACAGAGACCAGAACAAGUACAAGGAGGCGGCCAGCCUGCUGAACGACGCUCUGGCAAUCAGAGAGAAAACGCUGGGCCUGGACCAUCCUGCUGUGGCCGCCACUCUCAACAACCUAGCGGUGCUGUACGGGAAGAGAGGGAAGUACAAGGAGGCGGAGCCUCUGUGUAAGAGAGCGCUGGAGAUCAGAGAGAAGGUUCUGGGCACGGACCACCCAGACGUGGCGAAGCAGCUGAACAACCUGGCCCUGCUGUGCCAGAACCAGGGAAAGUACCAGGAGGUGGAGCAGUACUACGAGAGAGCGCUCCACAUCUACCAGUCCAGACUGGGGCCCGACGAUGCCAACGUGGCCAAGACCAAGAACAACCUGGCGUCGUGCUACCUGAAGCAGGGGAAGUACAGGCAGGCAGAGUCUCUGUACAAGGAGAUCCUCACCAGAGCCCACGAGAAGGAGUUUGGCUCUGUGGAGGGGGACGGCCGCCCCGCUUGGUCCCACCCCCUGGAGGAGGGCUGCCAGCAGGAUUCUCUGGGGGGUCUGAAGCGUAGCGGCUCCUUCACCAAGCUCCGGGAAUCAAUCCGUCGCAGCAGCGAGAAGCUGGUCAGGAAACUGAAGGGAGGGGGGCCGCAGGACCCCCCCGCUCGCACCCCGGGGAUGAAGAGAGCCAACUCUCUGAACGUUCUGAACGUGGGAGCCAGAGAGAGACUGGAGGCAGCCAGGAACCCCAGCAGCCUGACGGAGUCUCGAGUCCUCAGCUCCAGCACCCAGAGUCUGGCACGCCGUGGCUCCCUGGGCGGAGCCAGCUAGCACACACACACGCACGCGCACACACGCACGCACACACACACACAA